UCUGAACGAGGGUUUAGGGUAUUGGACACACUGGGACGACGCUCUCGCUCUCCGAUCAUCUGCGAUUCCUCUAAAGAUUUUCUCUCUCUUCGUCGCCUCCAGUCCGCCGGUUGCCACGGCCGAUCCUCCAUCGUCGGCCACCAUAGAUUCGUACGCACAGAAGAGAGAGCUACAGAGGAGAGCUGUUACGAAGAAAAACCGAGAGCGGGACGAGAGUUUGAUUAUGGUCUUUCGCCAUCCGUCGCCCGUCGAUUCUGAGUCGCCAUCAAUCUCCGCCCUCGCCGGUUCUUCCGCCACAGAAGAAGGCUUUGUUUUCUCUUACUUGGUCGGUUCUGGUCCACUAAGUCAUUAGUCUCCGGCCACCUCCCCCUCCCAUCCGACCGUCAUUCGCAGUCAGUCGCCUAUCUUCUUCAAGGUAAAUACUAUUUCGUAGAUGCUGGAUAUUCAAAUUUCACGGGUUAUUUGGGGCUAUACAAAGAAGUUAGAUAUCAUUUGCAUGAGUUUCAACGAGGUCUUGCACCUGCAGGGUAUAAAGAAGUAUUCAACCGUGUCCAUUUCAAAUGAGUUUAUCCCAAACAACAUGUCUGUCAAAGCUGCUUCUCAAACCACAGUUUACUAAGCAGUCUUUGCAUUUUCCCAUGUCACUUUAGGCUAAACUAUGUUGCAUUUGCCCAAAGCCUCUUGGAAAAGCUGAAUGAAACGCAGCCUAAAAACCCUAGCUCAAAUCCUACAAGAAUAAACCACAGCUCGAGGACGAAAGCAGAGCGACAAUGGGGAAAUUCCCACCAUCUUUCAGGUCAGCCAUCUCCACUUCAAUGGCGAUAAACCCUUCCUCCCUCGCCACCCUCAAUUCCCCAUCUAUACCUCCAAAACCCCUUCAUUUUCCCAAGAAACCUGCCAAGGUUUCCCGGAAGACCCAAAACCCCAAUUCCCCAGAAUCAUUGUCCGUCCCUCCCCAAUUGCGAUCUCUCUUUAAGUCCCCGCACUUGUCAGACGCCAAAAAGCUCUUCAAUUCUGUUGUCUCCGCCUCAAAAUUGCAGCUUGACAUCCGCCUCCACAACUCCCUCCUCCAGUCCUACGCCGCGAUUGCCACCGUCCAGGACUCGAUCUCUCUCCUCAACCACAUGAUCAAGGCGUCCCCUUCUUUCUCGCCUGACCGAUCGACCUACCACGUCUUGCUGUCCCAGUCCUGCAAGGCGCCCGACACUUUGCUCUCCCAUGUCCACCAAGUCCUCAACUUGAUGGUCAAUAAGGGGGUCACCCCUAACCAGGCAACUGUCGAUGUCGCUAUCCGUUCCCUCUGUUCUUCCGGCCGUGAGGAUGAUGUCAUCGAAUUGAUCCGAGAGCUGUCUUCGAAGCAUUCACCUCCAGACGGUUACACAUACAAUUUUGUUGUCAAGCAUUUGUGUAAGACCAGGGCUUUGGCUACUGUGUACAAUUUCAUUUACGAGAUGCGUGAUUCUUUGGGUAUGAAGCCUGAUUUGGUCACGUACACUAUACUGAUUGAUAAUGUCUGCAAUACUAAGAAUCUAAGAGAGGCACUGCGGUUGGUUGGCAUAUUGAGCGAAGAAGGGUUUAAGCCCGAUUGUUUUGUUUAUAAUACGAUAAUGAAGGGGUAUUGUAUGUUGAGCAGAGGGAGCGAGGUGGUUGGGGUUUAUAAGAGGAUGAAAGAUGAAGGUGUGGAGCCUGAUCUUGUAACCUACAAUACUUUGAUUUUUGGGUUGUCGAAAUCGGGGAGGGUAAAGGAUGCUAGGAAAUACUUGGACAUAAUGGAGGAGGCAGGCCAUUUUCCUGAUGCGGUAACAUAUACGUCGUUGAUGAAUGGAAUGUGCAGAGAGGGGGAUACGAUUGGAGCAUUAAGAUUGUUGGAGGAGAUGGAGGCUAAGGGGUGUAGUCCUAAUUCUUGCACAUACAAUACGUUGCUUCACGGGUUGUGUAAGUCGAGGUUAUUGGAAAAAGGCAUUGAAUUAUAUCAAAUGAUGAAAUCCAGUGAUAUGAAGCUUGAGACAGCUGCUUAUGCAACCUUUGUAAGAUCCCUCUGUAGAGAAGGUAGGGUGGCUGAGGCUUAUGAGGUUUUCGAUUAUGCUGUUGAGAGCAAGAGCUUGACCGAUGUUGCUGCUUACACUACUCUUGAGAGUACUCUCAAGUGGUCGAGGAAGGCCAGAGAACAAGGCCUUGCUGUCUAACUGGUGGAACCGACAGUGUGUAGACGCUGUGUGUUACCGUGAGAUAGUUGGGUUCUUUAAGACGAUCUUUUCUCUCUUGGUAUUUCAUUCCAGCUUCUCCAUAACAACGAUGCGAUUGGCUCUCUCAGAUUUGGUGCUCAUGACAGUAACAUCGAGCGGGCUGUACUCAUAACUGUGGCGCAUUAUUUAACCAUUGGAAGUAUCUCCGAAACCAAACGAUGCUUGUAAUGGAAUCUCUACCAUGGAUGCUUUUGGGCACACAGAUGAUUGCCAUGACCCUCCAUGUCUCUGAGAGGUUUCUAAUUAUCUUUGCCUAAGAAUACCAAGUAAACUGAACUACUUUGAAGAAGAGCAAGAAUUGGGUGUUUGUGUGGAGGAGAUCACUACGAACCAUCCCUUUUGCAUUUCAACCACCGAAUGUUGCCAUGGCAGAGGAAGAAAAUCAUCAUUUGUGUGCGCCCAACAAUUGGGUUUUGGGACCAGCCAUUCUGCAAUGUCUUGUUAUCUUCUAUCAAAUUUUUACUGGCAUGAUGGUAUCAAAUGGUCCACCUUUUACUCUCUUAUUUGGUGAGUCUCUACAUGAAAUUAUGCUUAUGAUGUCUAUUCAAGAACUUUUAUGGGCUGGAAUUGUGGGGGCUUUUAAGGAAAUGGUCCAGUCAUGGCACAGUAAUUUGACCUGAUCCGGUAAUGAGGCCUCAGAAUCUGUUAGCAGUUGUAUUUUAUGGGUAGGACUAAGCGAAGAAGAUUUCUUUCACCCCUAU